AUGACAGUAACUUAUUCAUUAGAUGUUGCGAGUUCUUCAUUUUUCUGUCUUUAUAAAUUAUUGUUUCGUUGGAAAGGUUCAAUUUGGAAAUCUGUUUGGGCAGAACUUGUUGUUUGGUGUAUACUUUAUGCAAUGUUAUCGAUGUCUUAUCGUUUAAUUAUGACAACAAGUCAAAGAGAAGUUUUUGAAGAUAUUUGUGUUUUUCUCGAAACAUAUUCUGGUUUUAUUCCAAUUACAUUUAUGCUCGGUUUUUAUGUUUCUGCUGUUUUUACAAGAUGGUGGCAAAUAUUUGAUAAUGUUGGAUGGAUUGAUACACCAUGUUUAUGGAUUACUCAAUAUAUUCAAGGAAAAUCUGAGAGAGCAAGAUGUGUAAGAAGAAAUUGUAUUAGAUAUGCUAUUUUAACACAAGCUAUGGUUUAUCGAGAUGUUGCAGCAAGUGUGAGAAAAAGAUUUCCAACUUUUAAUCAUUUGGUAACAGCCGGAUUAAUGACUGAAAAAGAAAUGGCCGAAUUUGAAUCAAUUCCAAGUCCUCACGCUGUAAGUUGAAGUGUUUUUGAAUUAAAAAAUCCUAAUUGUUUCAGAAAUAUUGGCAACCAAUGCACUGGCUAUUUUCAAUGGUAAAAUUAGCACGUGACGAAGGAAUGAUAACAAGUGAUUAUAUUUAUGUUGAUCUUAUGGAAAAACUUCGACAAUUUCGUGUCGCAAUUCUAAAUCUAACUUUAUAUGAUUGGGUUCCAGUUCCAUUAGUUUAUACUCAAGUUGUUCAUCUUGGGGUUCGAAGUUUUUUUAUAAUUGCACUUCUUGGUCGACAAUAUUUGCAUCCGGAAAAAGGAAGAAUACCUGAUUAUAAACAAACGGUUUGUUUUUCUCAGCUUUUGAGAACGAUGAAAGAAAUAUUUGAAAAUUGGAACUUUUUUGAAAUCAUAUCAGAAUACAGUGUCAGAGAAAAAAAAGAAUCAUUUUCAGAUCGAUCUUUAUGUUCCAAUAAUGUCAGUUCUACAAUUCACAUUUUUUAUUGGAUGGAUGAAAGUAGCUGAAGUUCUAUUGAAUCCGUUAGGAGAAGAUGAUGAUGAUUUUGAAUGUAAUUGGAUUUUGGAUAGAAAUUUACAGGUGAACGAAAAAUAAUGAUCUGACAAACAUUCUGGAAUUUUCUGGAGAGAUCAAUAAGACUUAAUUUUUAGAAAAGUUUCAAUAGAACUACAGUAACCUAAAUUGUAUUUUGGAACUACACUAACGUAAAAUUUUUCAAAAGUACAAUAAUCCAAAAAAAUUCACACCAACUACAGUAACCCAGACCUUUUGAGUCUAAACAAAACCAUGAAUGUUUUGAGGUUGGGUUGACCGUAGUCGAUACAGCUUAUGGAAAAUAUCCAGAUUUGGAAAAAGAUUCAUUUUGGGAAGAUGAACUGCCAGAACCAUUAUAUACAGCUGAAAGUGCACUUCGCCCAUUAAAUCCACAAGUUGGAUCAUGUGCAGAUAUGUGAGUAAUUUGGAUCAACUUUGUGUCAUGAAAACCGUAUUUCAGGGCCGUUGAAGAAGAAUCGUAUAUGCUGAAACCUCGUCGUCGAACAAUGUCUCGAAUUUCUCAAUGGGAUGGAGAUUUCGAAGAUACAGAUGUUGUUCCAGUUCACGGUUUAAAAAAUAAAAGAGAGGGGAGGUGAGGCCAAAAAGGGAAACUCUUUCAUUUUUCAAAUGAUAUUUCGAUAAUCUAAUUGAUUCAGUCCAAUUUCUAGCAAUUAUGCAUCCGGUGAAUCGUUAGCAUUUUCAAAUUCAUUUGCAAACGGUGGCCGAAAAUUGAGUGAAAUGUUCAAGAGAAUGAGGACUGGUGGAAGAUUGACAGAUCGAGUCAGAAAAAGAGCAUCUUUUGCGCAAGACUUUGAAAAUGGAAUGAAUACAAAGAAAGCAAGUGUUGAUUCAACAUUUGAUGAACAUUCAUUAGGAACACCAAAAGGAACAAGACUUUGGAGUUCAAUGCCACAAACACAAUUGGAGGAAAUGUUAAAAGGUCGAUUACCAACAAAUCAUGUUAAAUAUAAUGCCGAUGGAAUGAAAGAACGCGAUGUUCCUUCGCCGAUUCCAAUUCCUGAUCUUCCUCCAACAAAUCCAACUUGGUAUAAUGAUAAUUUACCAGUUAUUAAAGAAGAAGAUGAAGCUAGAAGAAAAGCAACGUCAACUGAUACUGGUUUGUUUUUUUUUAAAUUAUGUUAAAUAUAAGUUUUUAAAUCGAAUGUUUUUUUAGAUUCAGCAAAACAUACAAUUCGUCGAUCUUCUUCGAGUGGAAGUGAAAUGGCAAAAAGUUCCAAAAAAUUGAAAAGAAAGAAAAGUCAAUAG